AUUUUAUCGAUAAAUCCGCGGUCACACUGUAUGACACACACUCGUAAAAAAAAUACAUCGCAGUUUGUUACGUGAGAGUUUUCAACGAUUAAUUUUGAUAUUUUGAAGUGAUUUAAUUUAAUUUUCAAUUCACGAAAGUGUCUUUAACUGAUUGUACAAAUGUAUUAAUAACAAAAGCGUUCUCCUAACAACUGCGUGUUUCUUCUAAACAUAAAUUUGAUCAAUAACCUAGUAGAGGAUUGCCACCUAGGAAGGAAGGGCAAGAUGGAUCAAUUAUUUCAGUCAUACCGCGAUGAUGAGCGACGUAUUGGUGAGGAGUAUCUGUCGAGUCUACAGGACUUGAACUGCAAUAGCAAACCGCUCAUCAACAUGCUCACAAUGCUGGCGGAGGAGAACAUUAACUAUGCCCACGUCAUAGUCCGCGUGGUGGAGUACUACAUCAGCCAGGUGCCGCCCGAGUUUAAAUUGCCCAUACUAUAUUUAAUUGAUUCGAUAAUUAAGAAUGUGAGAAGCAGCUACGUGCAGUUGUUCGCACAAUGUAUAGUCAACAUAUUCCUCAACGCGUUUGAAUCGGUGCAGCACUCCCAGUCGCAGUUGCUGGAGAAGGUGCGCGAACGGAUGUAUGCCCUGCGACAGACCUGGAACGAGGUAUUCCCACCUUCCAAGAUGUAUGCCCUAGACGUAAAGGUGAAGCGUCUUGAUAAUAACUGGCCCAUUACGGCCAAGAACCCCACCAACAAAAUACAUGUUAAUCCCGCCAUUCAUGUUAAUCCGGACUUUCUCAAAACGGGUUUGGUUCCUGGGAUGCCGGUUAACUCCACACUGCCCAGCGACAUGGAGGAGAUACUCCAGGCUAAGACCCGCGAGCUUCUGGAGCUCAAGAAACGCAAACUGGAGCUUGAGCUGGAGCAAACCAAGAAGCAUUUAGAGGAGCAAGAGCGUCAGCUGAACCAGGCGACGGAUGCUAUUGCUGUUGCACCCAAUGUCGCUAUGCCAGCGCCAGCCGCUUCUGUUGCUGCUCUUCGUCCACCUAUUAUGGAUCCAGUCGUUCGAAAUUCUCGUAACGCUGGGAAUCCUGGGAUACCAAACACGCCAGCUGCGCAACAGCCCUUUUCCGCGAAGUCAAGGGUUAAUCCAGUCAAUCCGGCUCUACUGAACUCUGUGCGUCAGCGGGAUCCACGUUUGGCGCGGCAAAUGCAAUCUCAGGUGGAGGCGGCUCCCUCGCGAUCCUCUGAUCCCCGUCUGGAGGGAAAAUCCUCCUCAUCUUCGCAUAAAUCUAGUCGAUCGCGCAGCAAGUCACCGGUACGCAACAGCAGCCGCUCUACCAAGAGCAACAAUGGCAGUAGCUCCCAUUCAAACAGCUCAUCGAAUCGCAAGCGCAGCGAAUCAAAGAGCUCAACAUCUUCAUCGGGCUCUGAUGCACGACACAAAAGUGGAGGUGGCGCUAGCAGUAGCUCCUCGACACUAUCGCCUGCCAAACGCACAUCUAAACCAUCGGCAAAGGAGCAUUCCGACCGACAUGACCGAAAUGGAUCACCGUCAAAUUCGAAGCGUAAAAGCACCUCUCCAACCACCUCGCCAUCGAAAUCUAAGCGUAAUGCUGCACACAAAUCGUCAUCGUCCAUGCGCGGAAAGUCGUCCUCGACCCGAUCACGCAGUCGCUCGCCCAUCUUCAUGGACGUUGACCUGCGCAGCGGUGGUGGAAAGUCUCCCGAACAGAAAACAGCAGCUCCAGAAUCCCUAUCUCAAGUGGCAGCAGCAGCAUCAGCAUCAUCCUCAGCCUCAGCAUUAGCAGCGGCAGUAGCAGCAAAAGUGACAAUCAUCACGAAUGAUUUAGAGAAACAUACAUUUCAAAUACUUGAACCAGGCCCUCCAGCUCCUGCAGCUUCAAGUCCACCGAUUAUGGUGGCAUCCAGUAUGGACAUUGACUUGAGGCGGCCCCAGACGCCGCCUCCGCCAGCAUUCGCCAUAGCCAAAACCAAACCACUCGACCAGAGCAACAGCAGCAGCACCGCCAACACGACCACAACAACAUUCACAUCCAACAACAACAGCAUCAGCAUCAGCAGCACAACAAAAAUUGCUAGUAGCGCCUCCAACGCAUCAUCGCCAUCAUCUACUAGUACUACGUCUUCUUCAAAAUUGCCCGCAAAAGUGUCGUUCAAAAUACAAAAACAGUUUAAUAAAUUAGAUAAAUCUACAGCGAAUUUAUCAACAGCAUUACUGCUAAGCCCAUCAACAUCAGCAUCAGCAUCUGCAUUAGCCGCCGCAUCCGCACCACUAGUCAAUCAGAGCUCGCCGCAGGGUAAUGUAUCGGAGACACUGCAGCAAUCCAUCAAUAAACUGCUGCAGGUACAAGGCAUCACUGGGGAGAAGCGUUCCGCAGAUUCGCUACCCCCAGAGAUCGACGGGGAUGAGCAGCCACCGCAGCAGAAACGCAGCAAAUCAACUAAACUGGACGCUCUCUUCGGCAGCGAGGAUGUUGAUCUGCGUCGCGAGAUUCCCGCUGUGGUAAAGCCUGGAAGUGCAAAUGCAGUCAUCGUGGUGGAAGACGACUCAAUGGACAACUGUGAUGUGGAAAAGCCACAAUCCAAAACAAAUUCGCAGCUCAAGAGGCCAUCACUCGAUGAGCUGCGCGCCAAGCUGGCCAAGUCUGCGCGUCUCCACAACAAGCUAUCCGGUAAGUCCGACAAAGUCAGAGAUCAGUCUGUGGUGCAGCGUCUCAAGCAGCUGGCCGAGCUGAAGGCCAACGAUGAUUCGCAGGAGGCGCACGACGAGAAGAUGCGCACGAUCCUCAGCCAGGCUCAGGAGAUGUACGAGAACCACAAUAUGAACCAAGAGCAGUACAAGGACCUGGUCCAGAAGGUUGUGGCCAUUAACGAGAACAGCAAGAUGAAGGAGUCCCGUCGCCGACCUGACGGUGCGGAAGUGGAGCGUAAUGCAGCCCGAGAUGCUGUUCUGCGCAAGCGGAUACCCAAGCUCAAGAGCAACGAGAAUCAUUCCUCUGGCUCGCCACGCAGCGACGGCUCCCCUAGAUAUGAGGAUCAGCCAAUACAGGGAUCGACAUCCACCGAAAAGCCGACGCAAAAUAAACGGGAGAAGUCCAAGAGAGAGAACAAGAGACGAAAGCCCAGCAAAUGGGGUGAACAGGUGGAUCCUGCGGCUGCUCAAAGGGCCGCCUGGCAGUUGGCCAAUGUCAAUAACAACAACAACAACAACAAUAACAAUAAUAAGAGAUGUGGAGCUGGAGGAGCGGGUGGUUCGCUUCCUGUUGUACCACCCGGGUUCCGGGGAAUGCCCUGGCAACAGCCGCCUGCGAUUGUGAUGCCACAAACGAUCGUCCCGCCACCACCACAGCCGCCCUCGAUGAUGGGUCUGCCACCAGUUCCGCCCGUAACAAUGACCAAGGCCAUCAAUUCGCUGGACAACCCCAUGGCGGAUGUGGUGCGCAGCAUCACCAUCGAUGGCGGAUCCAAAGAGAUUCGCUUCUACAACCAGGUGGCCAUCAUAUUUAUGGAUGGCGACGAGCCGCACGAGAUUGGCUUCCAGCAUGGCCAGCGCGUGAUCAUGAUCGAUCACAAUGAGCCUCUGCCGCUAAGCUUCAACGACGACUACAAGCCGUUCCAUCUAGAUGGGGCCCUACAUCGCAUCCGCUUUGGCUUUCCCUCCCGCGAGCUUUAUAUCGACGAUCAUUGGUAUGAGAUCUACUUUGGUGGACCGCCAGUCUCCCUGCCCAUUGGCAACAGCCUGCACGUACUCAAGGCGGAGGGUCCUCCGCCCAAUGUGGACAUUGGUCGAGUGCGUCGUGACCUGGUGGUUGGCAAAAUAAACAUGAUUGUGGAUGCCCAUACGAUUGUUCCACUCUUCCUGGAUGCCAGACAGCAGACCUUCCAGAUGGGAGCCGAGCAGCAUUCGAUACAGUUUGUGGACAGCUUCCAAUAUGCUCUCCUCGAUGGCCAGCUCCAGAAGAUCGAAUAUGGCGGCCUGCCCAAGGGCAUGAAGCUGAAUGGCGGACGCAGCUGCUUUAUCCGAUUCGGAACCCUGCCAAAGGGCGUUGUGGCCGGCAAGACGCACGUGGCUGAUAUGGUCUACAUUAAGACAGAAGCUCCGGCAGAGCCACCCCAGCCCCCACCGAUGAUUGUCCAGCCCCUGCCCGUAGUGGAGCAGCAGCCAGCGGCAGCAGCACAUGCACCAGCCGUAUCCCUGCCAGCUGCAUCCAAUGCUCUUGGCAAUCUGAAUAUCAAUGAUUUGUUCCAAAAGCUCGUCUCGUCUGGAAUAAUUGGUGGAACCUCUAUUCCGGGCAUAUCGGCUGGCGAAUCAACCUCAACCAAAGAAGCGCCCGCAGCUGCCGCUCCAGCUGAUGCCCAAGCCACAGCCGCCCCACCGGUGUACGUUUCGCCGCCAACGGAGCCCAUCAAACGCAUCAACCUACAGAGGCCAGAGACUAUCAAGACCCGGCAGUCGGCCGUGGUGGCCACGCUCUACCUGGGCAUGCAGUGCAGCAGCUGUGGUGUGCGUUUCCCGCCCGAGCAGACCAUUAAGUACAGUCAACAUUUAGACUGGCACUUCCGUCAGAACCGACGCGAGCGUGACUCGACCCGCAAGGCCACCUCCAGGCGCUGGUACUAUGACCUGAAUGACUGGCGGCAGUACGAAGAGAUCGAGGAUGUGGAAGAGCGGGAGAAGAAUUUCCUGGAUACACAGGGCCAGCCAGGAGGCCCCGAUGCAAUCGAUGAUCUCUCCCAGCAACGAUCGCUGGACUCGCCUGUGCCCACCUGCGCAGCCGGUAACGAUGAUGUGGACCGCUCCUGCGACAUGUGCCACGAGAAGUUCGAGCAGUUCUACAACGAGGAGCUGGAGGAAUGGCACUUGCGCAGUGCCAUUCGCGUCGAGGAUAAGAUCUACCAUCCAUUGUGCUAUGAGGACUACAAGACUUCGUUGAACCCGCCCGCAGAGCAGAAAGACUCCAAAGAUGUGGACAUGAACAACACCGAUGACAACGCAAUGGACACGGUACUUAAGCUGGAGGAUGGGGGUAAGGAAGAUGACGCCGCUAAGCCUGCGCCGAGCCUGUUCGAUGAUGAUGACGAUGAUGUAAUUGUGUUGCCCAACGAAGAGCCCAGCGUCACUGAAAUUGUUGACGACGAUGAAGAUGAGUAUGUCCCCGCCAAUGUGACGCGCGCCGAAAUGGGCAACGAAUCGGAGGACAAGGUGGACCCCAGCUCUGGCUGCGAGGAUGAUGUGGCGAAGCAGAAAAGCAGCCAGCAGCCACAGAAUGAAUCAGCCAACGAGUCUGAUGUGGAGAUCCAAGAGCCAAACAUUCCCUUCACCGAUCUGGACACGUAUGUGGAGAAGGAGAUGGAUGAUGAAACGCGGUUGGCCCUGCUAAAUGUAAAGAUCAAAGAGGAGCCCAAGGACGAGUACGAUGAGGACGAAGACGAUGGCUUCGAAGAUGUGGGCACGGUAGUGCCACUGCUGCCGUUGCCCGAGGAUGAGAUAUCCAUCAACAGCAGCGAAACACAAACCCAAACGAUUGGAUCCUCGCCCUCGCCGGCUACUAUAGAGCGACCAGCUUCGGUGGCCUCGCUCACUCUUCCAGCCAACGACGAUGAGCUGGAGGCCGCGGACACGGUGGCGACAGUGGCCAACGCGGAAACAGAACUGAAUGGAGAGCCGCAGGAGUCGACGCAUAACCUGAGCGCAGCAGGACCGGCACCGGCGUUACCUUUGGCUAGCUUAGUUAAUAGAAUAAAAAUAAAUAUCACUAAGAAUACAAGUAGUAUAGUAAGUAAUAGUGCCUCCAACGGCUCAUCAAUGGCCGCCACAUCGACGCCGGCAGCAGCAACGAUGGGAUCGGCAGCGGAUACGCAAGUCUCGGCUAUCAGUGUCAUAGGCGGAUCCGGAAACUGCAGUUCUCUGGAGACCUCGCAGCAGGUGAAUGCAAUUCAAACCAUUUCCACCAUUCCAGUUCUGUGCGGCGGUAACACAUUCGUCCCCAAGAUUGCAACCAGUGCUCCAGCCAAUAUCAGUUCCAUCUCGGUCAUUGGCAGCAGCUACGGCACCAACAGCCGCAACAGCAACUCAAUCGCGACCACAACGGCACCAACUUCGGCGAUAGUCUCGGCGGGAUCAUCUUCUGCCGUUGCCCAGAAACCAGUCACACCCCCGCCUGCUGUCGAUGCCGAUCCGGAGCCGGUGGUUGAACUGAAGCCAGCGUUGCGGAAUGUGACGCUCAAACGAACGAAAAAGGUCCAGAAUGGCACCGAAACAUCGGGCCUCUGCUCGAUCAUGUAACGCGUGAACACAGAUAUUCCUAUUUCAUUUUUUUGCAAUUAUUUUUACACGUUACUUAGUUUUAGAAAAUUAUGGAAACGUUCUCCAUCGCGGAGCGUUCUUUGUUCUUUGUAGGUACCCAUUACGCACUAGGGGCCGAGCUCUCCUUCCCACCAGGAGCUCUAGCCCAUACACAUUCGUCAUCAUCAGUUAUUGCGGAAAAAACAACGGCAAAAUUUAAUAAAAAACAUUUACAAUUUUAAAACUGAAUAACAUACUUUGUGAUAAUUUUAUAACACAGGAAAACGAAUUUCAAUACCCUACAAGCGUCACAUCAACAUGCUUUUCUAUCAUUGUAUAUGCUAAUUUGAAGGAAUAAAUAGAAAAACUGAAUUAACCAAAUUA